UGCUAUACAAUACUACGCAGUGCACGAUUCGAUUCAACCAACCAGUAGAAGAUUCUAGUGUUAUCUAGAACCGCCCCAAACUUCGUCAAACCUCAAAUCCAUCUAUCUAUCCCGCCAAGAAUAUCACUGAAACUUCUGGAACCUCCUGGCGUCGCAAUUCCUUCUUCAAUGCGUAGUAGUACAUUCCUAAUUGUUUCUCGCCGAAUUUAAAUACCAACACACACCAUAACCAUUCUCAUCAUUCAUUAAAAAUCAGACAAAAUUUCCAAACGAAAACAAUAAUCAUCACAUUCUCUUCUUCCCGUAGUUGAUUGAUCAUAUGGAUUAUCCAUUCUACGCAAACCGGUUCGGAUAUCCGCAAUCCUCUCGCUACUAUGAUCACCACCACAGCCCUUACUCUUCCAAACAGGUACCUGUCGACCAUAGAACCCCGCCCUCUUGUAAGGUCGUGAUGAUCCCUGUGACGGACGGAUCGGAACGGCAGUUACCGUUACCGUUAAUGUCGAAGGAAACAAGGCUGGACGGUGCAGUUAAUAUCCAGAAGGUGUUUAGGGGUUUUAUGGUGAGAAAGAGUGUGAAGAAGAUUGGUGAAAUUAAGAGUGAAGUUGAUGAAAUUGAGAAGAUAUUAAUGAGUGAAACUAGGGAGUUGAUGAGGAAAGAUAGUAAAGAGAGACUGAAGGUUAAUGAGAUGCUUAUGCGCUUGCUGUUGAGGUUGGAUUCUGUUCGCGGUGUUGAUUCUGGUGUUAGGGAUUUAAGAAGAGCUGUCAUUAAGAAGGUUAUUAAAUUACAAGAAUUAGUUGAUUCCAUUGUCGCUAAUAAUGUGGCUAAGGAUGAAGAUUUGGCUAAUCAAACCCUAGAAACAACAGAUAUACCUCCUAACGUUGAAGAUUCUAGUUUCAAUUCAAAUAAUUUCGAGAAUGCUGUUAAUCAGACACAAAAUCAUGCUGUUGAUUCUACAUGUGAUUGCGUUUCUAAUGUAAGCAAAGAAGAAGAAGGAGAAGAAGAAGCAGCAGCACCAGCUGAGGAAUUGACUGCAAUUAGGGAAAAUGUUGAUGUGAGUGAAUGUAUGGAAAUGAGUAGUAGUAGUGGUAGUAGUAUUCAAGGGGAGAGCAGCCAAGCUGAUUCCUCUGAUUCCUUGGAGAAGCAGCCUGAUGAUGAGAAGGAAGUAGGAGAUAAUGAGAAAGAUCAAGAUCAAUUUUGUGGUGGUGAAGGAAAUAAGGAGGAGAUGGCUGUGUGUAGAAAGAGUAGAGAAUUGUUAGAGAAGAUGAUGGAGGAUAAUGAGAAAAUGAUGGGUUUAAUGACGCAGUUGUUCCAAAGGAAUGAGAUGCAAACUAGGUUGUUGAGUUCACUUUCACAGAGAGUUGAGCAGUUAGAGAGGGCUUUUAUGUGUGAGAGGUCUAAAAGGAGUAAGAAGAAGAGGCAUUCUGCUGGUUUAGCUGAUUGCUUAGAAUCAACUCAAGAUUGUAAGAAAUCAUCCGGAAAAAGUUAGUUUCUCUUCAAGAUAGUCUGUUUGAUCUGAGGGCGAGCCCUGGUGCAAGUUGUUCCGGGCCAAUAAACUAGCACUCGAUGCACCGGGUGAGCCCUUACAGUUUAUUUGAUGUAUGAAAUUUUUUUUCUUUUUUUUCAGUGUACGAUGCUUGAUAAUAUGAUUUCCUUUUGUGAGUUUGGAUAUGCUAA